AGUACUACUUGGCCCGCUGUGGUUGGACGAUCGAUUCCCCUCCGCCUCCCGCCGCCGCCGCCGAUUCACUCCUCCCCCGUUCCCUUCCAUCCGCCGCCGCCGCCGACGCUCAAGCACCGCCACCCAACGCAGGUCCACCGGGCGAGGCGCGCGCCGUCAGCGAUGGCGACCGCGGCGGGGGCGAGCGGGGCGGCGGCGCUGUGGCAGCCGCAGGAGGAGGGGCUGCGCGAGAUCUGCGCGGUCCUGGAGGCGCACAUCUCCCCCAACUCCGACCAGGCGCGCAUCUGGCAGCAGCUCCAGCACUACGCCCAGUUCCCCGACUUCAACAACUACCUCGUCUUCCUCCUCGCCCGCGGCCAGGGAAAAUCUUUUGAAGUACGGCAAGCUGCCGGUCUUCUAUUGAAAAAUAAUCUGCGAGCGGCUUUCGUUUCCAUGCCUCCAUCAUCUCAGCAAUACAUCAAAUCCGAGUUGUUGCCAUGUAUAGGGGCAACUAACAGGGCAAUUAGGUCCACAGUUGGAACUGUUAUCAGUGUACUCUUCCAAAUUGUUGGAGUCACUGGAUGGAUCGAGCUGUUUCAGGCUCUACAUCAAUGUUUGGACAGUAAUGAUCUGGAUCACAUGGAAGGUGCUAUGGAUGCUAUCUACAAGAUAUGUGAAGAUGUUCCUGAAGAGCUUGAUGUUGAUGUUCCUGGCUUGUCCGAACGACCAAUUAAUGUAUUCAUGCCACGGAUGCUGCAGUUUUUCCAGUCCCCCCAUGCAAGUCUUCGAAAACUAUCACUGGGCUGUAUCAACCAGUAUAUCGUGGUGAUGCCAUCGGCGUUGUAUAUGGCCAUGGAUCAGUACCUGCAGGGCUUAUUCGUCCUUGUGAAGGAUCCUUCAGCGGACGUCCGGAAACUGGUUUGCUCGGCCUGGGUCCAGCUCGUUGAAGUGCGGCCAUCAAUUUUGGAGCCACAUUUGAAAAAUGUUACUGAGUUGAUCCUGCAAGCUAACAAAGAUUCGGAUGAUGAAGUUGCUCUGGAGGCUUGUGAAUUCUGGUCAGCGUAUUGUGAUGUUAGCAUGCCCCCUGAAGGACUGCGGGAGUUCUUGCCACGCUUAAUACCAACUUUGGUGUCAAAUAUGGUCUACACUGACGAUGAUGAAUCACUCGCUGAUGCUGAGGAAGACGAAUCCUUUCCGGACAGGGACCAGGAUUUGAAGCCCCGUUUCCAUGCCUCUCGAUUGCAUGGAUCUGAAAAUGGAGAAGAGGAUGAUGAUGAUGAUGCUGUAAAUGCUUGGAACUUGCGGAAAUGUAGCGCUGCUGGGUUGGAUGUGCUUUCUAAUGUUUUUGGGGACGACAUUCUUCCGACUUUAAUGCCUUUGAUUCAGCAAAAUUUGGCUCGGACAGAUGAUGAGUCCUGGAAGGAGCGGGAAGCUGCUGUGUUAUCGAUUGGUGCUAUAGCAGAGGGAUGCAUCACUGGGUUAUAUCCCCACCUUCCACAGAUGGUUGCCUUCCUAAUCCCACUUCUCGAUGAUAAGUUUCCUCUUAUUCGGAGCAUUACUUGCUGGACCCUCUCCCGAUACAGCAAGUUCAUUGUUCAGAGCCUUGGCCAUCCAAAUGGUCGCGAACAAUUUGAUAAGAUCCUCAUGGGUUUGCUUAGAAGGAUAUUGGAUACUAACAAAAGAGUGCAGGAAGCUGCCUGUUCUGCAUUUGCAACGCUUGAAGAGGAGGCUGCAGAAGAACUAGUACCGCGACUGGAAGUCAUUUUGCAGCACCUUAUGUGUGCAUAUGGAAAAUACCAGAGGCGGAACCUUAGGAUACUCUAUGACGCUCUUGGUACCCUUGCUGAUGCUGUUGGAGCAGAGCUAAAUCAGGCAAAGUAUCUUGAUAUAUUUAUGCCACCAUUAAUCGCGAAGUGGCAGCAACUUCCCAACUCUGACAAGGAUCUAUUUCCGCUACUUGAAUGCUUUACAUCUAUCGCACAGGCACUGGGACCAGGAUUUUCUCAAUUUGCUGAGCCGGUGUUUGUGAGGUGCAUCAGUCUUAUGCAGGUUGAUCCUGCUGCAGCAGGUGCGUUGUAUGAUAAGGAAUUCAUUGUCUGUGCAUUGGACCUGUUGUCUGGACUUACAGAAGGACUUGGUGGCGGUAUUGAAAGUCUGGUUGCGCAAAGCAACUUGAGAGAUCUACUUCUGCAAUGCUGCGUGGAUGAGGCACCUGAUGUUCGACAAAGUGCUCUGGCCCUUCUUGGCGACAUUUCUAGGGUCUGCCCUAUACAUCUUCAGCCACGCCUCCAAGAAUUCCUUACUGCUGCAGCAAAGCAAUUGACUCCACAAUCUGUGAAGGAUGCUGUGUCAGUUGCUAACAAUGCUUGUUGGGCCAUUGGAGAAUUAGCAAUCAAGAUUGGCAAGGAAAUUUCACCUGUGGUGAUCAGUGUUGUUUCAUGCUUGGUUCCUAUUCUAACAACCCCAGAGAGCUUGAAUAAGUCACUCAUUGAAAAUAGUGCAAUCACUCUUGGGAGGCUUUCAUGGGUCUGUCCAGACAUUGUGGCCCCUCAUAUGGAGCAUUUCAUGCAAGCCUGGUGCAAUGCCUUGUGCAUGAUAAGAGAUGAUUUCGAGAAAGAGGACGCAUUCCAUGGUCUGUGCGCAAUGGUGGCAGCAAACCCAACAGGGGCUGUGAGCUCACUAGCCCACGUAUGCCAGGCCUGUGCAAGUUGGAAUGAGAUAAAAAGCGAAGGUUUGCACAAUGAAGUGUCCCAGAUUUUGAAUGGCUACAAGCAGAUGCUCGGAGCUGCCGGAUGGGAACAGUGCAUGUCGACACUGGAACCAGCAGUGGUGCAGAGAUUAGCGAGAUAUGGGGUCUGACGGCGCCGCGCACCGAUUCUCGCUAUACCACCACCAUCGGGGUCAAACCAUCAGAAAAGGAUUGAAGGGCAUGAGAUUGGGUCGGUCAGGUGUCCAGCGUGUAGCACAUUGUGUGGUUUCCUAUAUGAUGAUGCGAUUGGUUGAUUGAUUCUGCCUGGGUUGGUUGGUUGGCUGGUGUUGUAUACUGUCCUCUGGUUAUACAGGUCUGCUCAAAGUGUAGCGUGACUGAGUCGAGCGGUAAGAAUUGAAUUGCGAUGGGAGGAACUCUGUUUUUGUCGAGUCGGAGAAGGCGGUGCGGGUGCGCGCCUUGUAGGUUAUAGGAAGUUGAGGUCGGUCGGUCGAGUCAAAAUUUGUAUUGGCUGGUUGCAGUGGGGUCUUUUUUGGGUUUCGCUUGUCACAACACUGGCAACCCCAGCAGCAGCAUUGGAAGAGUUUUUUUUGUAGAAUGUAUUCUAUGUGAGAGAAAAAGAGAGAGAGAGAGCUUAGGUCUAGGGUUUGUUUUUGUAAUCCUUUAUUAAUAGGAAGGGCGUCCUUGUAUUGAUUCAUUCCCAACAAUAAAAAAAAAAGAGAUUGGAACAGCGUCAGAAUCUUUGUUUA